AUGUCCCAAAUCAAAUAUUCCACUUUCCAACCAUAUUCAUAUCAACAACCUGCAAGUUCUAUAAGUUCUAAUGUUGAAGUUGACUGUGUUAAUGACAUGUGUUUAGAUAAUGAAUCUGACGAAUGUUUAGAUAAUGAGUCUGGUGAAAAUUUAGAUAAUGAGUCUAGCGAACAUUUAAAUAAUGAGUCACAUGAAUUAGAUAAUGAGUUUGAUGAACAAUCAGAUGUUGGAUUUGACAAACAAGUAGAACUUUAUGAAGGACAAACUUUUCAAACUAUCGAAGAUGCACAUGUUGCAGUUGAGACUUUCACACAUUCAAAUGGAUUUGGAAUUAGAAAAGGCCGUGUUGAAAAAGAUCAAAGCAAUGGUCAUGAAAUUUCAAGAACGUUCCUAUGCCGUCACACUGGAAAGUCGUUAUAUGAAAAAAAAUCAUAUAAAACUGAGGAGUCAGAAUCAUGCCGAACUGAUUAUGUUCAUAUCGGCCAUACUCCUGAUCCAACCACUAUUAAAUUUAUUCCAAAAAACCAUAAACUUACCAAUAAAAUGUUGGAAGAUAUUAAAUACUAUACGAUUGUUGGAAAGCUUAAUGCAAGUUCACAAUACUGGCUUCUUUCUGGAAAGUAUAAUGUCCUAAUCCAGU